UUUAAUAUAGGUCCAGCAAAUCCUUUCCCACCAAAGCAUAAUCUUGGAUUAUCUUUGCCCUAAUCAAUGUAUUAAUCCCUGCCUUCUCUUUAUCCUCUAUAAAACUAUAACCAGAUUGGAUCACUCCUAGAAGAACCAUACAUCCACAUAUCCUUCACAAUGGCCGGUGGUAAUACUACCCAACAGCCUGCAGCGGCCACAGCACAAGCCUCUGGCCGGCCGGCCCACUCGAAAAUGCUGGGAAUCAUUGCUAUAGUCAUACUAACCUUAAUAGUGCUUGUGGGUAUAGCUGUGCUAAUCACUUGGCUAGUAAUCAAGCCAAAACAGAUUGUCUACUCCGUUGAAAAUGGUUCGAUCAAUAACUUUAACCUCCACUAUAACCACCUAAAUGCCUCAUUUGACUUCGUCAUUAGGGCACAUAACCCUAAUCGCAGAAUCUCUAUAUAUUAUGAUUCUAUUGAAGUUUCUUUAUCUUAUGAUGAUCAAACCAUUGCUUUUAACACUCUUGAGCCAUUUUAUCAACCUCGCCGGAAUAUUACUCAGCUGGAGCCAAAGCUUGAAGCCAGAGAGGUGGCAUUGUCAAAUGGGUUGUCUAGAGACUUGAGGCUUGAAAGAAGAUCAGGACAGUUUCAAUUAGAUGUUAUGCUUCAUGCAAGAAUUAGAUUUAAGGUUGGAGUAUUGAAAUUGAGGCAUAGAACUCUGAAGGUUUUGUGUCCCUCAGUGCCGGUACACUUUCCUUCUACAAAGAUUGCUCAAAGGACUUACUGUGAUAUAGAGUACUGAAUUAUAUUAAGGGUAUGUGAUUUUUAUUUAUAGGAUUGUUUUCUUCUUACAUUUCUUUUGCUUCUCUUCAUUGGUGAUUGGUGUGAAUUCUUUUUUAUGUUUACCUUUUUUUUUAGGUAUUAUAUUAAGAGCUUUUAUUAUUGUUGUUAAUUUGUUCUUAUGAUUUGUAUUUUUUUUUAUUAAUAUUUUUUUAUGGGAGCAUAAUUAUAUUCAGCUUGUA